AUGCUCAGAUCUCUAAGUCUUGCAGUACUUGCUAGAAAAAUGGUUUCUCUGAGCGGCUGGUCCUUCACGGCAUUCCCGCCAUUCCCUGCCACCUUCCUUCCCAACUAUGCUGUUUGGAAUGCCACCAACGAAUCCAAGAACCUAACCUAUCAGAUUGGCGUGUCCUGGCCUUUCGAAUGGCAGUCGCGGGAUGUCACCAACAAGACUGCUCUCACCAUGUACGUCACCGACGGGAAUGCCCAUGGCCUCACCGCAGUUGAGAACUUCAAGCGGCGCAAAGGAGUCGAUUCAGCCCAGCCAGACAGUAUCGUCGUGACCAUUGGUUACCCGCUCAGCAACCACGUCUACGAUCUCACCCGGCGUUUUGUCGACCUGCGUCCGCCACUACCUGAUGACCCCGCGAGCGAUCCGCCGUUGUCGGGUGCUGACGAUUUCAUCGCCUUCAUCAACGGGACCCUCCGCCCGUGGGUGCAGCACACCAUCUUCCCAUCUGUCACAUUUACACGCGACGCUCUCUACGGUCAUUCCUUUGGUGGCAUAUUUGUCGUGUAUGCGCUGAUUGCCUACCCGGGCUUGUUCGACACGUACAUUGCCGCGACGCCGACGAUGAUCUGGAACAAUGGAUUGUUGCUCGACGAAGUCACACGGCGCUGGGGAACAGGAUGUGUCCAACAACCGGUGCUGUUGCCAUGCGCGAACGAAACCGAGGCCAUAGAAAAGAAGCCAGCUGUGUUUAUCACCUAUGGGUCGGCCGAACAGUUCCCCCCACGGCGGCGCACUGAGACGGAGGAAGCAUUCCAGGAGAGGAAGACCCUCUGGCAGUCGUUCAAGCAGACAGAGGUGACGCAGGAGUUGUUUUACCGCAUCCAGGCCAGCCGAAGGGUGAGGGAUGUGACCCUCAAGGAGUACGUAGGCCAGGAUCACGCAGGGGUGGCCUCGAGUACGAUUGGGGACGGCAUCGGAUAUUUUGUGGACUGGUGA